AUGACGCCCCGAGAUGACUCUCCACCAGCUUCGGCCAAAAGCGGAACGUCUCAGCCGCCAAAAGCAAACGCGUCGGAGCCCGCGCCAAAGAGACGUCGAGUCGCGUUGGCUUGUUCGGCAUGCAGAAUCCGCAAAUCACGGUGCAAUGGAGUGCGACCAAGAUGUGACACGUGCGACAAGCUUGGAUUCGAUUGUUCGUAUGAACAGCAAGAAACCUCAGCGAAUCUUCUAGUCCCAAAAGAUAUCUUUGCUGCAUUAGAGGCCAAAGUCAAGCUGUUGGAAACAAAUAUUGAGCAGCAUAAUGGUAGACUGAACUUGGUUGAGAGUACACUAAAGAGUUCGGGAAGUUUACGGCAAGAUGUUGUGCUUCCACUUCAUCACCAGCCAGGAAAUGUGGUUGUCAACAUCGAUGAGAUACCAGAGAAUGGUGCUGGCCAGAGUAUGACUGAUGGCAUGGCCGUGUCUUUCGUAGAUGAGCAAGACUGUGGUUUCUUUGGCCCAUCGUCCAACAUCGCACUCAUGCGACACAUAUUGCGAGCUGUCGACACAAAAAGAACACAGCAAUGUAAUCAGACUUCAUUGACGCCAGCAUCAGAGUACAGUGCCUAUGAAGGUGGACUAGUGAGUAAUUUGAGUGCGUUUCCGACAACCUCAAGCGAGUCUCAAAAGGCGGGCGCCAAUCUCUUACCACCAGACGAGGUCAUGCAACGCCUUAUUCGUGCCUACUUUGACAACACGGGGCUCUUGUUUCCGUACAUAUACGAGCAAGAGUUUCUCGACACUUAUGAAAGAUUCCGAGCAAGCGGCUUCAGAGGUAAUGUUCGCCGUACCUGGCUCGGCCUGCUGAACAUGAUCCUUGCAAUGGCAACUUGUACUUCUUGCUGGGAGGACUCGGGGAGCGAGACUACUUUUGAGGAGUCGGAUGUUUACUAUCGCAGGGCCCAGGAGCUUUGCCAUACACAGAUGUUUAGGGGAACUACUCUUGAAACAGUCCAAUACCUCUUACUCACGAGUCAGUAUCUACAGGGGACGCACAAGUCUGUUCAUACAUGGACCAUCCACGGCCUCGCCGUCAAAGCUGCCAUGUCUAUUGGACUUCACUCAAGAGACAUUGCAUCAAAGUUUACUCCCCUCCAACAAGAGAUAAGGAAACGCACUUGGUUCGGAUGCAUUUUGCUUGAUAGAAGCCUCAGCCUCACGUUUGGCCGCCCAUGUGCGAUACCAGAAGAGUACAUCCGCUUGGAUCUUCCAAAGACAUUACCAGUACCGAUGUCAACUUCCGAUGAAGUCCAUAAAAUGAGCACUGCAUUCUAUAAUGCCUCUAUAACUCUCUAUAGGAUUAUGGGGCGAAUCAUUGGCUCACUUUAUGGUAGCAAUCUUGGAUGCGAAGACCAAUCAUCGGAUACAGCCACAAUGACAUCCAUGAUCCAGUUCGGUCAGGAACUCUCAGACUGGCAAAACAGCUUGCCCCAGCAUCUGGGUUUGCGGUCUGUCGAUAACAUGCCCCAGGAUGCCAAUGAAGAUGUCCAUGAUCCAUUACGCGAAAAGUUCAGAACUAUACUCACACUCAGAUACCUCAACGUUCAACUCCUCCUCCAUCGCCCGAUCUUCAUCAGGUCUUUGGGUACUCUGCUUAGAGAGUCCAAAACGCCAUAUCGCAAUGCGGGAUCCAUCAACAGUAUGCAUGCCAACUUCGACAGGGUCUUUGUCCAAGUGGCCGAAAAUGUUAUAGAUAUUAUUUAUACCAUAUUGACACGGCCUGAUCAUGGGCGCCAUUUGAUCGGGGCCUGGUGGUUCACCCUCUACUAUGCCUUCAGUGCAGCGUUGGCAAUAUUCGGUAGCCUGUUGAUAUCUUUCGACGCGGAAGCUGGAAACGCUGGCCGCCCUGAAAGUGCUAAACGAUAUCUCGGCAAGACUUGCGAGGCUCUCUUGAAGCUCAGCGAUCACAACACUCUUGUCCUGCGCUGCGUUAAAUUUGUCCAACAACUUCUCCGGAUUGUUAAUGCUUGGGAUUCGAGCACCACGAAAGAAGUCGACCUCAAUAAUGAAUCUUUGGGAUCGUACUUGACGGCGGAAGGAGGCCCCAUUAAUUUUGACAUGGAGUCCGAUUUGCUAUCGACUAUGCCGACGUGGGAGACAUCAACGCUUGGUUUUGGGGAUGAGCUUGAGCUGGGUCAUUUCUUUGCUAGCGAUUCUCAGCGGUGGUUUGAACAGACACAAUGGUAAUGCCGGUGUGUUCGUGCCUAAAGUAAUAAAACGCGUUGAGCGUCAUAAAAUGAGCCUCUUUGACGCCAUGACAACGGUGACCGCAAUUGACUGCCAGUGAUUCCGC